UGUGGCUGCUUCCGGAAAGGGCGGGGCUUCUGCUUCCGGUGGGGCCGUCUCUAGAGCAGAGAUGGCGGCGACAGCGGCCGAAGAUGCGGCCUCUGGCUCUAGAGAGCCCCGGGAUGAGGCGGAAGCUCCGGGCCCCGCCUGGGAUGAGUCACAGCUACGAAGUUACAGCUUUCCGACCCGGCCCAUCCCACGUCUGAGCCAGAGUGACCCUCGGGCGGAAGAGCUGAUCGAAAAUGAGGAGCCUGUGGUGCUGACCGACACAAACCUUGUGUAUCCUGCUCUGAAGUGGGACCUAGAAUACCUGCAAGAGAAUAUUGGCAACGGAGAUUUCUCUGUGUACAGUGCCAGCACCCAUAAGUUCUUAUACUAUGAUGAAAAGAAGAUGGCUAAUUUCCAGAACUUUAAGCCGAGGUCCAACAGGGAGGAAAUUAAAUUUCAUGAGUUUGUUGAGAAACUACAGGACAUACAGCAGCGUGGGGGAGAAGAGCGGUUGUAUCUGCAGCAAACACUCAAUGACACCGUGGGGAGGAAGAUUGUCAUGGACUUCUUGGGUUUUAACUGGAACUGGAUUAAUAAGCAACAGGGAAAACGUGGCUGGGGGCAACUGACCUCUAACCUGCUGCUCAUUGGCAUGGAAGGAAAUGUGACACCUGCUCACUAUGAUGAACAACAGAACUUCUUUGCCCAGAUAAAAGGCCACAAGCGUUGCAUCUUAUUCCCUCCAGAUCAGUUUGAGUGCCUCUAUCCAUAUCCUGUCCAUCAUCCUUGUGACAGGCAGAGCCAGGUGGACUUUGACAAUCCUGACUACGAGAGUUUCCCCAAUUUCCGAAAUGUGGUUGGUUAUGAAACAGUGGUGGGCCCUGGUGAUGUUCUGUACAUCCCAAUGUACUGGUGGCACCACAUAGAGUCAUUACUAAAUGGGGGAAUUACCAUCACUGUGAACUUCUGGUAUAAGGGGGCUCCUACCCCUAAGAGAAUUGAAUAUCCUCUCAAAGCUCAUCAGAAAGUAGCCAUCAUGAGAAACAUCGAGAAGAUGCUUGGAGAGGCCUUGGGGAAUCCACAGGAGGUGGGGCCUUUGUUGAACACCAUGAUUAAAGGCCGUUACAACUAACCUGCAGAGGUCAAGGCCUCCUGCCGGGGAACUGCUAGCUCGUCCACAUGCUUCGUUGAUGAGGACAGGACACUCCAAGCACUAGUAUUGCACGCUGCACUUAAUGGACUGGACUCUUGCCAUGGCCCUGGAGGCAGGUGUUUGGGGCGAGGCAGGGUAGUUGACUCCACUCCCAUUUGGAAAGAUUUCUUACACUUGCCUCUUGAGCCCCAGAACCUUCCCUCUUCACCCCCCUAAAGUCCUGCAUCAGUGUGUGGAGUCCCAGCUUCUGGUUGUCAUCAUGUCUGUGUUAGUCUGUCAACCUCAGGGUGUGUGUGUGUGUACAUGUGUUCAUAAGCAUGUGUAUACACACACAUGCAUGUAUCUGUUCCUUGUUCCUCUUCCUGGGUCAGGAUAUCACUUCUGGCUCUCAGCUCCUGUCUCCUGAAGCCUCAGUGCCUCAGCCUGAGAGAGGAGAUGCUCCUGUAUCCCUUCUACAUUUGGGGUGUGGUGCCAGAAUGAAUCUGCUCAUCAGUCUGCCUUUGGCAGUUUUUGUAGCAUAGUCAGGCUGCAGGCCAGGUAGCAAUAGCUGCUGGGUCCCUAAUGGGGACACUGAGAAAGAGCCUUGUCUUUGGGAGCCUAGAUAGCCUUCUAGUGGAUGAGGAUUAGAUAGGGUUCCGGUUGAGAACUACAAACUCAAGCCAUACAUAGAAGGAAACCUUGGGAACCUAAGAUCAGAGGAUUGUGCGUAUGUUCCAAAUUACAGAUGCACGCAGCUGUUCUCUUUCAGUACCAGCUCUUGCCCCUUUGCUAGGCAUUGAGGGAGUUCUCCUAGCUCUGACUUCUUUGGGCUCCAGGGGUAUGAACUUCUGCAUGUGUGUGUACACAUAUGCGUGUGUGUGUGUGUGCGUGUGUGUGUGUGUGUGUGUUCACACUUCCCAUCCUUCUUGCUUACCAAGGUUCUUUACUGCUUACCUUGUCCAAUGUGACAGGGCAGUGUGAACCCCAGAUACUGCCUGACUUAGCCUCUAGCUUUUCAACUCGGAUUUUAGCCAUCCUAUCUUGGUCAGAUCUCACUGCAGCCUACCUAAAGCUGACUGGCUUGAGCCUCCAGGUCGUCUGUCUUUCCCUGUCCAGGCCACAUCCCCUGCACCUGCUGAGCUUCCUGGCUGAGUAGAUGAAAUGGGAUCAGACUUAGGCAGCUAACUCAGUACCUUUCGUCCACCUCAGGGCAAGGGCAAAAGUGUCCUCUUGCCUCUUGGAGCCAGCACCUCUGCCAGACCCAACACAACGUCGUGUGCCAGCUAGUGUAGGAUGACUGGUGGAGGGGCGUGGAGAUAGAACCCACUUUUCUGUUGGUAGCUAUUUAGGGGAGCCCUCCUCAGGGCUGCAGCUUACAGCUGGGCAGCGCAGUGUUACACAGCAGAGUGCCAUCGUUCACGUUUGCUCAGAGGGAAUGGGGCCCUGCAGUUUGCAGAGUGGUGGCCCUGUGUCCACUUACCUCAAGUCCCUUCUCCUUCAUCUUGUUCUCUAAAGUCUGAGUUGGAAGUCUAAUUUUCUUCCCUUCUUCCUCACUUUUUUACUCCCAUCCCCUAAGUUUGACCUCUAGUGUCUGAGCUGUGGCUCUUAGCCAUGACGCUCAGCUUACAGUGCCCCAUGGACUGAGAAGAUGCAUGCAUAUGCCUGUGCAUACCUGUGUAUGUAUUUUGGGGAGGGGUCUUUUGUCCCCCAUUCUGGGGGCUUUAAUGCAAUGUGGGUGUACAGGCCUGGAACCUUCUCAAGUAUAGCUCUUCAAGUACAGCCAGUGCUGGGCAGUGUGACUGUAGUAAACUCCAUGGCCUCCAUCUCUUCUGGGAACAAGGAGGGCAGCAGGAAGACAGGCCAGGGCAGGCUCUUGUCUUCGUUCUCAGCAGGUCUAUCUUCCCGCCUCCGCCCUUAAAGGUGUUGGCGUGUGCAGGAGGGAACCCUUCAUGGUACUGUGCCUCAUACAGCUCUGAUCUAGGGUGGCCGGGGGCAAGGAGACAGAAGGUAAAUUUUGGGACGGUGGCAGGAUUGGUCUUGAUGCUGGUAUGAUGUAAUAGCUACCUGAUCUUAGACACCUGGUGUGUGCCUGUUGCCUUUAGCUCUGUCCCUCACAAUCCUGCGUGGUGGCUUCUCCCUUCCUCGAUGAAGAAACGGCUCAGGGCGGAUGAAGAGUGAUAGUCAAGGUCACACUAGUCUGCUUGGCUGGAACCCACCCUACCCCUGCUCCUCCUUCAUUUCUUCUGAACCUUUCCUCAGUCCUCUUCCUAGUCAGUGUGCAAGCAGGCUUAGGCAAGAGGGUGUGGAAAGGUGAAAGCCUCUGGAGGCUCCAGCUGGAGACAUGGAAGCUGGAAAGCCAUCUUAACAAGUGGAGGAGGCAAGAAGCGACUGUAGAGUGAGAUCUGCUGGGGAGAGGGGGUACUGUGUACCCUUGAAUGUAGAUCCCAUAGCUCCUCUCAGCAUGCCUCUGCUUCAGAGCUGAAGUAGUUCUAGAUCACGGGAUUCAUGUUCCGCUGUGUCUCUUCCUCCUGGAGAUGAGAUGCAUGUUCUUCUCUCACCUAGGUUAGUGCUGUUGAGGUUCACCUUCUGCUGAGCAGAGGAAACAGUGCUGCUGCAGUGUUGACCCUUUCUAACCAGCAGCAUGGGAGUCGGAUGUGCCAAGGAAGGUGGAGACUUGGGCUUGUCUAGGGGUCGGCCAUGUUGCAAGAUCCCAUUUUUAUACCAGCACUACAGUGAAAACUACUGUUUUGUGAAAUCAAAUAUUUGCUGGGGGGUUGGAGUUAUGGGGUGGAGGAGGGGCUCUUCUGGGCAUCAGUUGAGCAGAUGCCCAGGAUGCCUGGGGGAGACCAGCUUCCCCUACAAAUCAGAGCUCUAAAUUACAAGGUUUUUACCAACGCGAACAGUUGGGGGAAGUCGUCUGCUCUCAUUUGCGUAAUGGUUUCUGUCACUGGUGAUUAGACACAGGAUGAAGGAAAAGAAAUUUGACAAUUAGGAAUGAGCCAUCAUUAAUCUGAAUCUGUUAGGAGACGGAGUGGGGAAGGAUCCUUACUAGUGGGCCAGCCCAGGAUGGGGAGACACUCCCUAUCUCUGACCCACAGAAUCUUCUGGGCCAAGUACCCUUUUGGAGUUCCCACAAGUGUGGGUGGAGCUUGCACGCUUUCACAGGCUAGGAGUCCAAUCCCAGCUUGAGAUGGACUUAGAAACAGACAUCAUUCUGCAUGAGCCAACAAA